AUGACAAUGCCCACCGAAAUGCCAGAAAAGCUUGUCAGGCUGUUAGUCAACUAUGUCGCCGCUGCUGAAGCAGAGCAGCAAAUCUCGCGUUACACAGAAGAACAAGAAACCACCUCAAUGAUGCUAAGUGUCAUGAUGUUCAAUAAGCAUUACCUUCCCUUGGUCAGAUCCUCACGCGGAUAUUAUUAGGCUAUCAUUCCUGAGAAGGAUUUACCAGAAUCUGUCAUCAACUUCAUCAAAGAGAUCAAAGAAGUCCCUCAAACAGAGAUUGACACUUGGGAUUUCGAACAUAGGAAGUCAAUGUAUCACUUCAAGGGGUUUUUACAAGAAGAGGGCUUUGAUCUGGGUAUAGAUCUUAAGUCUCCUGAGUGGCUUUCGCGGUGGAUUGAAUAA